GUGGGGUGAGGGCACCUUCCACGCGCUCAUCCCUUUUCUCCCGCCUCCUCGUCUCUCAGGCAGGGGCGAGCGCUCGCGCACGCGCGCGCCGAGCUCGUUCUGGUCGGAAAUAGGGAGGCGAGAUAGGCUGUGGAGCGCGCGCGCUUGCCUUGCCUUGCCUUGCCUGAGCGAGCUCUCCUCUGCAAGCUCGCUGGACCUGAGGGAGGAGAGAGCGAGCCCCCUGAGGAGAAAGACUCGUGGCGCGCGCUAUAUCUCUCUCCGGCCCGCCGCCUACGGCUAACUUUCCAAUCAUUUCUUGAAGACCAAGGGUUAAAAAAGAGGUGAUCAAGCUCAGACUGAAUCAUCAAAACCAAGCAUUAAACAAAGAUUAUACGACUUCACAAACCACAUUCCCAGAAAUCUCCUGCUAAUAAGAAAGGAAAUUUGAGCUUGUUUUAAUUCUAUUGAGCAUUUCCUACUACACAUUGGAAUGGAGUGGAGCAUUAGCAUCUCUGAAAGCAGACUUUCCCUGGUUCUCUUUUUUUGCCAAAUUAUUACAGCAUUGGAUGUACCUCUUGAUCCAAAACUUCUUGAAGAAUUACCACAGCCUCCGACAAUAACACAACAGUCUCCAAAAGACUAUAUUGUUGAUCCAAGGGAGAAUAUUGUAAUACAGUGUGAAGCAAAAGGAAAGCCACCCCCUAGCUUCUCAUGGACACGCAAUGGAACUCAUUUUGACAUCGAUAAAGAUGUACGGGUAAGAAUGAAGCCUCACUCAGGAACCCUUAUAAUAAAUAUUAUUAAUGACGAAAAUGGAGGAAAGGCAGAAACGUAUGAAGGAGUUUAUCAGUGCACAGCAAGAAAUGAACUUGGAGCAGCAAUUUCCAAUAAUAUUGUUAUACGGCCAUCUAGAUCUCCUUUAUGGACCAAAGAAAAACUAGUUCCCAAAACAGUAAUUGAAGGUCAAUAUGCAAUACUCCCCUGCAGGCCACCUGCUGGAUUACCACCACCUAUAAUAUUUUGGAUGGAUAACUCUUUUCAAAAGCUGCCUCAAAAUAAUAGAGUUUCCCAGAGUCUAAAUGGAGACCUUUAUUUUUCUAAUGUAAAGCCGGAAGAUAGCCGUGAUGAUUAUAUAUGCUAUGCGAGGUUUAACCACACUCAAACUAUACAACAGAAGCAACCCAUUUCUUUAAAAGUUGAACGAGACAGGUUAUCUCCAGAAAGACGCCCAACCCUUUUGCUGCCCACUGGAAGUACAAGUAGCAAAACAGAGCUAAGAGGAAACACCCUUUUGCUGGAGUGCAUUGCAGAAGGAUUACCUACACCACUUAUUCGCUGGAUUAAAGAAGGCGGCGAGCUUCCUGCCAACAGAACUUUUUUGGAUAAUUUUCAUAAAACCCUCAAAAUAAUAGACAUUUCUGAAGCUGACUCUGGAAAAUAUAAAUGCAUUGCAUCAAAUCUUUUGGGUUCUGCUCACCAUGUUAUAACAGUCACUGUCAAAGCUGCACCUUACUGGAUAAGAGAGCCCACAAACCUUGUAUUGUCUCCUGGAGAAAGUGGUUCCUUGAUCUGCAGAGCUAAUGGCAAACCCAAACCCAGUAUAAGCUGGUUAGCAAAUGGAGUUCCUAUUGCAAUUGCUCCUGAAGAUCCUAGCAGAAAUGUUGAUGGUGAUACAGUUAUUUUCACUGACGUACAAGAAAGGUCAAGUGCUGUUUAUCAAUGUAACGCCUCUAAUGAAUAUGGAUAUUUACUGGCAAAUGCAUUUGUGAAUGUUUUAGCUGAGCCACCAAGAAUACUUACUCCUCAUAAUGAACUCUAUCAAGUCAUUGCAAACAAACCUGCCCUUCUAGACUGUGCUUUUUUUGGAUCACCUGUGCCUGAAAUUGAAUGGUUUAAAGGAGUGAAAGGUAGCGUUCUUCAAGGAAAUCAGUAUGUUUUCCAUAAAAAUGGAACCUUGGAAAUUCCUGUAGCCCAGAAGGAUAGCGCUGGCAUGUAUACCUGUGUUGCAAGAAAUAAACUGGGGAAGGUACAAAACGAAGUUCAAUUAGAAAUCAAGGAACCAACCAUGAUUAUUAAGCAGCCUGAAUACAAAGUUGUACAAAGGACUGGGCAGGUUUCCUUUGGAUGUACAAUUAAACACGAUGCAACCUUAGUACCAACAGUUACGUGGUUGAAGGACAGCGCUGAAUUGCCAAAUGAUGAAAGGUUUAUUGUUGGUAAACACAACUUGACCAUUAUGAAUGUCACUGAUAAAGAUGGCGGAGCAUAUACUUGCAUAGCUAAUACUACUCUGGACAGUGUUUCCGCAAGUGCUGUGCUCACUGUUGUUGCUCCUCCAACAGCCCCACCUGUUGUUUACGAUCGUCCUGAUCCACCUUUUGACUUGGAAUUAACCGAUCAUCAAGAGAGAACUGUUCAGCUCACAUGGAUACCGGGCAAUGACAAUAAUAGCCCUAUUAUGAAGUUUGUCAUUGAAUAUGAAGAUGCCAUGCGUGAACCAGGGAUAUGGAACUACCUGACAGAAAUCUCUGGGAUCCUGACAACUGUACAGUUAAAGCUGUCACCAUAUGUUAACUAUUCAUUUCGUGUAAUAGCUGUCAAUGACAUUGGAAAUAGCCAACCAAGUGAAGCCUCUGAGCAAUACUUUACAAAAGCUGCAAAGCCGGAUGACAAUCCUACUGGGGUUCAAGGGAUUGGAUCAGAACCUGAUAAUUUGGUGAUCAUGUGGGAGCCCUUAAAGCAUUUUCAGUCCAACGGUCCAGGGCUCCAGUACAAAGUCAGUUGGCGGCAGAAGGAUGGCGAUGAUGAUUGGACAUCUGUUACAGUUGCAAAUGUAUCCAAAUAUAUUGUGUCUGGUACACCGACCUUUGCUCCUUACGAGAUAAAAGUGCAGGCGUUAAAUGACUUGGGACCUGCUCCAGAACCAACAACAACAAUUGGACAUUCUGGGGAAGAUUUACCAAUGGUUGCUCCAGGCAAUUUGCAGGUACAAGUUGUAAACAGCACCUUAGCAAAAGUGCAAUGGGAUCCAGUUCUGUUAAAGUAUGUCCGAGGUCAUCUUCAGGGAUACAAAAUUUACUAUAUGAAAGUGGAAAGUUUAUCUGGAAGAAUUAACCAGCAUGUCGAAAAAAAGGCACUGUCUUUUCCUGGAAAUAAGACACAUGGAAUGUUGCCAGGAUUGGAGCCAUAUAGCACUUACAAAUUGAAUGUUAGGGUGGUUAAUGGAAAAGGAGAAGGACCAGCAACCCCUGAUGAAACAUUUAAAACUCCCGAAGGAGUUCCGAGUGCACCCUCCUUUUUGAAGAUUACCAAUCCAAAUCUGGAUUCCCUCACUUUGGAAUGGGGGCCACCUUCUCAUCCAAAUGGUGUUGUUGUAGGAUAUAUACUAAAGUUUCAACCAAUUAAUAACACACAUGAAUUAGGCCGCUUGGAAGAGAUCAGUAUACCAGCCAAUGAGACCAGCCUGAUAUUAAGCAACUUAAAUUACAGCACUCGAUACAAGUUUUACUUCUAUGCACAGACAUCAGUUGGAGCUGGAAGUCAAAUAACAGAGGAGGCAGUAACAAUUAUGGAUGAAGUGCCGCCAGUGUAUCCAGGGAUCAAAAAUGUUACGGCAGCUGCUGCUGAGACCUAUGCCAAUAUCAGUUGGGAGUAUGAGGGUCCAGUUCAUGAGAACAUUUAUGUUGAAUAUGGUGUGGCAGGCAGCAAAGAAGAUUUGAAAAAAGAAAAUGUUAAUGGUUCCCGGAACUUCUUUAUGUUAAAAGGAUUAACACCAGGAACAUCAUAUAAAGUCCGGGUUGGUGCUGAGGGGCUUUCUGGUUUUAGGAGUUCAGAUGCUGUGUUUGAGACAGGUCCAGCAAAGGCAAGCCGGCAGGUUGACAUUGCUACUCAAGGAUGGUUCAUUGGUCUUAUGUGCGCAGUUGCUCUUCUCAUCCUGAUUUUGCUAAUAGUUUGUUUCAUACGGAGAAAUAAAGGUGGAAAAUAUCCAGUGAAAGAAAAAGAGGAUGCUCAUGGUGACCCAGAAAUACAGCCUAUGAAAGAAGACGAUGGAACACUUGGCGAAUACAGUGAUGCCGAUGACCACAAGCCUCUAAAAAAGGGAAGCAGAACACCUUCAGACAGGACUGUGAAAAAAGAGGACAGCGAUGAUAGUUUAGUUGACUAUGGAGAAGGAGUUAAUGGUCAGUUCAAUGAGGAUGGCUCCUUUAUUGGACAAUACAGUGGUAAAAAAGAGAAAGAACCCGCAGAAGGGAACGAAAGCUCUGAGGCUCCUUCACCCGUUAACGCAAUGAAUUCAUUUGUAUAAUGGG